AUGGAGACCGUGGAUCUUGUGGUGGUAGGCGCAGGUUGGAGCGGGCUCUCCGCCAUCAAGACCUACCGCGAGGUCAAUCCCGGCCACAAUGUGCUCUUGUUGGAAGCUGCUAGCUCUAUUGGCGGAGUAUGGGCUAAACACCGUUUGUACAAGGGCCUCAAGUCGAACAAUAUGCUGGGCACGUAUGAGUAUAGUGACUUCCCUAUGGACGAAGCGACUUUUGGUGUCAAGCCUGGACAGCAUAUUCCGGGUCAUGUAAUUCAAAAAUACAUGGAGGCAUAUGUACAACACUUUAGCUUUGCCGAUUGCAUUCAACUAGAACGCCAUGUGGAAAGUGCGCGACACAAUUCGGACGGAACAUGGCAGUUGACCGUGUCGCACGGAGCGGAUACCACAAUAAUCGAUACCAAGAAGAUGAUUGUGGCCACUGGUAUCACGUCACAGGCAUUCCUGCCUACGUUCAAGGACCAGGAGUCUUUUGGUGCGCCGGUUUUCCACUGUCGCGAUCUGCUGCAGUAUCAAGAUGCAGUGCUCCAAUCUGGAGAGCGCGCAACCGUUUUUGGCGGGACCAAGUCGGCCUGGGAUGCGGCUUAUGCCUGCGCAACGGCAGGUAUGAAAGUAGACUGGAUCAUUCGCGAGUCCGGUCAUGGACCUGUUUGGAUGGCGCCUCCCUACGUGACGCCCUUGAAAAAGUGGCUGGAAAAGCUGGUCACUACACGUCUGCUGACCUGGUUCAGUCCAUGUAUCUGGGGAGAGGCUGAUGGAUAUACUGGCGUUCGCAGCUUCUUGCAUGGUACCUGGUUGGGUCGUAAGAUCGUGGACGCGUUCUGGGCUAUUCUGGCCGAUGAUGUCGUGCAGUUGAAUGGAUAUGACAAGCACCCUGAAACGAAGAAGCUGAAGCCUUGGGUGAGCCCAUUCUGGAUCGCUUCCUCGCUCAGCAUUCUGAACUACCCGACCAAUUUCUUUGAUUUGGUCAAGGAUGGCACUAUCAAAGUGCACAUCGCUGAUCUAGAGCGUCUCUCGGAUCACACUGUUCAUCUAUCCUCGGGCGAUGCGCUGCCAUCUUCAGCGCUUAUCUGCUCGACGGGCUGGCGUUGCACUCCAAACCUCAAGUUCCUGCCAGAGGGUAUUGACCGCGAGUUGGGAUUCCCUUGGAGUGUGGAUCCGCUGAGCGAAAACCUGGUGAAAGAGGCGGAUGAGGAGAUUUUGCGCCGGUUCCCCCGACUGCGUGAUCAACCAAAUCCGAACCCCCACUACACCCCGCUAAACGACCAGUCCGAGGCGGCUGUACCGCACCCCUUCCGGCUGGCGAAGUUCAUGGUCCCUCUUUCGCUGGUAAAGGAACGCUCUCUGGCAUUCAUGGGUAUCACCAUGACCAUCAACACAACCCUGAUUGCUCAGACCCAGGCACUGUGGAUCUCGGCUUAUUUCAAGGGCGAUCUGACCCCAGCUACACGCGAACGCUGCCCACUCGCUGUGCGUGCUGCGUCUGACCUCAAGACAGAAGACACAUCAGAAAUCGACCUCGCCUGGGAGACUGCUCUCUUUACUGAAUUUGGCAAAUAUCGCUACCCAGGGGGAUUCGGACGGCGCAACCCCGACUUCGUGUUUGACGCGAUCCCAUAUAUUGAUCUGAUGCUGGGGGAACUGGGUCUGUCACCGCAGCGCAAGCGCGGCUCGCUAGCCCGGUGCCUCCAGCCAUAUGGUCCUGAGGAUUACCGGGGUCUAGUCAAAGAGUGGAAAUCUAAGCAAAGUACCCAGUAA